CUCUAUCUUGCACAACUAAGCAGUUUCUAGUUCUUUCUUGGACCAUUUAUCAUUCCUUGUGAUAUAAUAAUCUCUUUCCUGCAUUCUUUCACCAUUAUGGCUGCACAAAAUGAUGUACGCAUUGCGGUUCCUGAGGACAAAUCAGAACAGAAACAUGUCCAAGUGUCUAUAGAGAAAGACUUUGAUUACUCACAAAGAGGACAGUGGCUGCGUGCUKCUGUUCUGGGAGCCACUGAUGGUUUAGUUUCUGUUGCAUCUCUGAUGAUGGGUGUUGGAGCUGUUAAACAAGAUGUCAGAGCCAUGAUUCUUACAGGCUUUGCUGGCUUAGUUGCUGGUGCAUGCAGUAUGGCAAUAGGUGAAUUUGUUUCAGUGUAUUCCCAACGAGAUGUAGAGGUGGCUCAGAUGAAGAGAGAUGCCCGAAACAACAAGGAAAGUGAAAAUGAAGCAUUGCCGAAUCCGAUUCAGGCAGCAGUAGCAUCAGCCCUUGCAUUUAUGUUAGGGGCCAUCAUGCCCUUACUUGCUGCUGCUUUUAUAGUGGACCACAAGGUUAGGCUGGGUGUGGUAGUAGCCACAGUGACUUCAGCCCUUGUGGUUUUCGGAUGGAUUGGAGCUAUUUUAGGGAGGACUCCGGUGAUGAAGUCUUGUUUCAGGAUUCUUGUUGGAGGGUGGAUGGCAAUGGCCAUUACUUUUGGACUUACUAAGUGGAUAGGCUCUACAGGACUGUAGCAUUACACAAUGUUGUAUUUUCCUUUUUCCUGUAACAUGAUUGUUGUAGAGAUUUGAACUUGUGUGUAUUCCGGUUCCCUCUGAGUAGUCUUUCUGAUUCGAGGGAUUUUCUCAAGUAAAUCAGAAACAUCUAUCUUCAUGUCUCCUCUCAAUACAUGUAUCUUUUAACUUG